AUGUCGCGAAAAGUUAAAGAAAAACAACUUCUUGUGAUUGGAGAAGAAAAAACGGGGAAAUCAAUGACGGAGACCAACGUAUCGAAAUUAAUAUCGACAGACGAUUCGCAUAAUUCACGAACUCUCACGUCGUUGAACAUGAUGAGAAAAAAUAAAAAUUUUUGCGACGUCGUUUUACACGUUGGAUCGUCGGAAAUACACGGUCACCGCGCCAUAUUGGCCUCCGCGAGCCCGUACCUAUUUCAAAUGUUCAGCGUCGAAGAUGAAAAAAAAGGGAACAAUCGGGAAAGGUCUUCCAUGUCGUUUAAAUUGAACGGCGGAUUCGACACGAAAUCCCUCAACAUUCUCAUAGAUUAUGCUUAUACAGGACGGUUGGAAGUUCAAGAUUCGAUGGUUAAAAACGUUUACUUGGCGGCGACGCAAUUGAAAAUGGGAAAAGUAGCAAACAAAUGCGUUGAAUAUUUGGUAGAGAAUUUAACGGUGGAUAAUUGCACGGAUAUUCGAUCAUUGCCGGGGAUAUCGAACAAUAAAAUAAUAUUGGAAAAAAUAAACGGUUUCAUAACGGAAAAGUUUGAUUCCCUCGUCAAAGCUCCGUCUUUCAUAUGUUUGCCAUGUUUUAAAAUAGAAGUUUUGAGUCAAAGUCGUCAGGAAAUGGAAUUGGUUAAUCCGGCAGCGUUGAUACGUUUGUCAAUACAAUGGAUUCAAGGACAGCAAGAUGUUAAAAUGGAAAGGUUGGUGGAAAAAACUCAUUUAUUGUAUUUGGCCUUGGAUAACACUUUACAAGAUUGUUCAGAGUUGCCGAAUUCGGAUUUGUCAGAUUCGGAAAUAGUACAGGAUUAUAAAAAAAUGUCAAAGAAACACGGUACGGGUUUGUCGACGGGUAAACAUAAAAAAGUACCUCUUCAACCCGCUGGACCGAGAGUUUUGAUCCUUGCCGACAGUCAUCCGAAAAUAUUCGAACAGGAUCCCGGAUGGGAUUUGGUGGCGUUUAGUCGGAUAGGAGAGCAUUCAUUCCUCGCAUUAACUUUCAUAAAUAAUCAUUUAAGCCGUCUUUCGAUAUCAAUGAAAUUGAAUCCGAGCCCUAUAACCACACCGGAAAUAACGAGAUCCGUUUCAAAUGGUCCAGACACUUAUCAAAUGAUGGCCCAUAUGACUGAUGUUAAAUGCGCAGCCGGCUGCGCUAAUUUUAACGAGACUCUUCUUGUUUGCGGUGGUUACGAUCGUGGAGAGUGUUUAAAGUCCGUUGAAUCGUACGAUCCGAGCACUAACGUUUGGGCCGCUUUGGCACCACUCAAAGAAGCUCGAGGACGGUUUAACAUAGCCGUAGUAUUAGGUAACGUGUACGCCGUGGGAGGAUCGAAUGGAUGCACGGAACUUUCCACCGUUGAAAAAUACGAUCCGGAACUUCAUAAGUGGACCAGAGUAUCAAAUUUACCCAUAGCUCGCUCAAACGCCGGGGUUUGCUCCUUGAACGACAAGUUAUACUGCAUAGGAGGUUGGAAUGGAGAAAUGGGAAUGAAACAGUGCGAAAUGUACGAUCCAUUGACUGACGAAUGGGUAACCAUAUCACCAUUAAAAACCGGACGAAAUCAGGCCGGCGUUUGCGCUUUCGGUAAUAAAUUGGUUGCCGUGGGAGGUUGCGAUGCGUGGAAUUGUCUUUCAUCGAUGGAAAUAUACGAUCCGGUAGAAAACGAAUGGGUCAUGGGACCCUCGAUGACCACAAACCGGAGGGGAUGUGGCAUAGCAGAAUUUAAAGGUAAACUUUACGUCGUGGGAGGUUCGGACGGGACUCAUUCUCUUGCUUCGACGGAAAUAUUCGACUACGAAGAACAAACGUGGUCUCCGGGACCAAGCAUGACGACUCCGAGGGCUAACGUCGGCGUGGCAGUCAUAGGUAAUAGAUUGUAUGCCGUCGGAGGAUUUUCAGGCAAGACGUUUUUAAACAGCAUCGAAUAUUUGGAUGAGACGACAAACGAGUGGACGACGUUUGUACCGAAACCGUUGUUGUUGUUGUUGAAUAUGAAAAAUUCAACAUUGGAUGAAGAUUUGGAUUUUGGAAGGGACUGA